AUGUUCGGCGGCCAUCCAGACACCGUCGCGAUCGGCAUCACCGGCGACAUCGCGCUCGCCGAGGUGGACGGCCCGGUGGUCGUGCUCUCGCUCUCGGGACGCUUCUGGCACAAGCGGGAGACGGUGCUCGCCAACGCCGGCGCGUUUCUGAGGCAGCGCUGGCCCGAGAUUUGCGACGUGAUCGUCGGCGACCCGGGCAGCCUGCGCGACGUCGUGCGCGACGACGAGACGGGCGACGUGCUCGAGGAUCGGCGGGCGCCCGACUGGAACGGCGACCGCGCCGCGCUCGAGUACCAGGGCAUCGACCCGGACCGAAGAGGGCCGUUCCCGGAGCGGACGGGCGGGUUCCGGGCGGGUGGCUCGAUGUUCUCGUAG